AUGAAAAUUCUCGCCCUUUUUGCAUUAUGUUUGACGCUUCAGUCGGUUGCAUUCGGUUUGCCCCGAGCCGACUUUGGUAUCGCACAGGAUGUACCGAACAGUUUGAAGGUUGCCGAUCGUGCCACCGUCCUGCGCGGAUCGUUCGAUGAGCUGGACAACUUUACCGUCACCAUCCGGUCCGGUUACGAGCUGCUCGUGCUCGUUGCCAAACUUUUCACCUCGAUCGCCACCAAGCUGUCCAGUUCGGGCACUGCGUUGAUGGAUACGAUCGUGACCUUGGCAAACGAUGAUACUGGCCCACUGGUGAAUGUAUUUGCACGUGUCAAUCAAGCCCUAGCGGCACUCGUUCAGCUGCUCAACGGUGGUUUGAGUGUGGAGUUAAACACUCUCACCAGUCGGCUGGGCCCAUCCCUUAGCAACCAGUUUAACGAUGGUUUCCGUGCGCUUAGCUUGGCAUUGCAGAAGCUAUCAACGGCUCUUGCCAAUCUUCAGGCUGCAUUGGAACAGGCACAGAAAGCAGCGGGUGGUGGACCGGUAACGUCAACACAUGUGAGACAAUUCGUUACCCCUACAUUGGUAGCUCGGGUGCUGGCCGCUUUGGACGAGAUCGGUGCCGGACUGCCUACGGUCCUGUACGUGAUUAAGAAAACUGUUGGAUAG